CCGUGCUCAAGCGCACCGUGGAGGCUCUGAUGGAGAGAGGAGCCAUCGUGAGGAGCCUGGAGAACCUGGGGGAGAGGUCCCUGCCCUACAAAAUCACCAAGCACAAGGAGCGCCACAAGAGAGGGGGGUAUUUCCUGAUAGACCUGGAGGCUCCCCCUUCCCUGGUGUCCCCCAUGAUGGAUCACCUGGGACGGGACAUCGAUGUCAUCAGAAGAGCUUUCAUCAAACGCCCCCUGGCCAAGGCUGAGGAGUGCAGUGGCAUCCUGCCAGUCAGCCCUGAGCACAAACUCCUCUCUGCCAAGAAAAACUGAAAAUCCCAGCUGUUUGAAACCUUUUUUAACCCAUUUUUUUAUUGCUGCUGUGGAAAAGAUUUGUGAUAACUCCAUCACAAAAAUCAAAAAACAAUCACUUUUGGCCAUGGGAUGUGUGUGUGGUCUGACACAGGAUCUUCAUUACUGUAACAAUUGAGGUUUCUUUUUGUUUAGAAUAAUUGGAAUAGUUUUAAUCUGGGUGCUUAUCUUGCUGUUUGACAACUCUGCAAAUUGAUUUGCUUUUCUCUCGGAGCAUUACAUUGAUAAUGGAGAUUUCUCCAGCAGCAGGAUGCUAUAAAUAGCAUUUUUUCCAGAGAUUACUCCAGAAUAUGGAGAUUUACAUGAGAGAUUAAGAAGUCUGCAGUGGAAAUAUAGAAAUCUAGGAUGUGAUUUGCUGUGGGGGUUGUUUGGGAGGAAAUCAAAGGCAAUAAAAGUGUGAUUAAAAGUAAAA